AUGAGCUGGAUAGAUGAAUUGUUGACAUGGAACAGUUCUGAUUAUGGUGGUAUAACAGAAGUUACACUACCACCAGACACAUACUGGAAUCCACAACUGGAGAAAACAGUCCCUGGGGCUUGCUUAGAUGAGGACAAAGUCCCAAUAUUGAAUGUAACACUUUCAAACGACGGCGUUGUGUUUGUUCACGAGGCAAAAUCGAUAGCCGCGUCGUGCCUUAUAGAAAUGAAAAUGUUUCCAUUUGAUAAACACGAAUGUGUACAUCAAUUCUAUACGUCCAGGUAUAAACCUUAUGAGGUUGAAAUCGAGUUCAAUAAACAGGAAGUUUUUGAUAAAACAUUCUAUAAUGAAAAUCAAGAAUGGAGUGUUGAUAAAUCUGAUGUUAAUGUGACAGAAUAUAAGGAUACAUUAUCGUCGCUCUAUAUUUCAUUCGCAGCAGGUUUUGUUACUCUAAAAAGACGACCUAAUUUUAUAAUGAUGAACAAUUUUGCCCCGGCUUGGCUAGUUUCUGUUCUCAUGAUAUUUGCACCAUUUGUGCCCCCUGACUGCGAAAGACUUUCGUUUUCUAUAACAAUAUAUCUUGCUAUGAUAUUCAUGAACGUUUCAUUUGUGUAUGAAAUCCCAAGAAAUUCGAUUGAAAUCAUUCUAAUUUCUCAAAGCAUGCUUGCAUUUAGUAUCAUAUCUACAAUUGGGAUUAUUUGGAGUAUUUUUAUAGUUUCUCUGUCAAAAACAUCUUUAGAAGACAGAAAAGUUCCGGGCAUUUUCAAAAAGUUCUUGAGCAAAAAGGUUCAGAAAAUAAAAGACAAUGUUUAUCCCAUUUGCGACGGAGACGAAAGUGAAAAAUCUGGUGAACCGAAGAUAUGCACUGUUUUUGAUAGAAAUGUUGCCAAGGAAAUAGGCUGGUACGAAGUGACGCGUUUACUUGAUAAAAUCUAUUUUGUAAUUUCAGUUUUAACGUGUGUUGUAGUGAGUUUUGUGAUAUUUCGAAAUAUUGAAAUUGAGUAA